UCGCUUCGGGUCGGCUGUUUCUGAGGAAUCUAGUCGGUCGGCAACGGAGGAUUUUCAUUGGACGGCUUGGCCCGCCCUCGGGGGGGGGGUGUUUUAAGCUGCUUCCCGACCCUGUUUAGUUUGAGAGCUGCGAGCAGGCGACCUCGCAGUCGGAUUUGGGUUUUUUGAUGGGUUUUUUUUGGAGGGGGGCAGAGUUGAAAGAUAAACGGAAUAAUACGAGGAGAGAUUUUAAAAAAAGCUAUUGCAAAGCCAAAGGUUUAAGGAGAAAGAGGAAAGAUGACCGAGGCCGAACGAGAGAAUUUGCUUCGCUACAAGCAAUAUAUAGUGAAGACUUUAAAUCCUGUUUAUGUAUUGAGCCACAUGAAAACCUGGCUGUCUGAUGAGACUGUGGAGCAAAUUCAAGAGCAAAGCAGCCGGCCAACCAAGGCAGCAGAACUCUUUCUUCAGUCUCUUCUACAGCUCAACGUGGAUGGAUGGUUCCGUGGUUUUCUGGAUGCACUAAAAGCAUCAGAGUAUACUGGCCUUCAUCAAGCAAUUGAAAGUUGGGAUUUCAAGAUAAUUGAAAGUUUGGAACCUCACAGGGAACUGUUGAAACGAAUUGAGCCCACUAUGCAGGACAUUGACGUCAAAGAAAUUCGGUUGCACAUGAAUAGCUGCCUCCUAGAACAGGAAUGGGAAGAAAUUUAUCAGAUUUGUGACACGAAAGGGAGAAAAGCAAGUGGAAGCAAACUGGUAGAAUGCCUGUGUAGAUCAGACAAAGAAAAUUGGCCUAAAACUUUCCAAAUGGCACUGCAUGAGACUGGAUACGAGGAUCAAAGGGAUCUAUUGGAUUUGAAAGGAGACUUCUCUGUGUCACAUUCAGAUGAUAAUGCAGAUGUUGAAAUGGAAAAUGAAGAUGAAAGCAGCUGUGUUUUUCAAAUACAAAUUUCUGAAGAAGCAGAAUCUGAUAAUCUUUCUGGGAAUUCAUGUUCAGCUUCAGAUACCUUCCAGCAGACCAGAUACGUUCUGAGGAACCCAAGGAGCUAUCAGAUAGAACUUGCUGAGCCUGCUAUUAAUGGCAAACACACCAUGAUUUGUGCCCCUACUGGAUCUGGGAAGACUCUUGUGUCUAUUAUGAUAUGUCAGCAUCAUCUCUGCAACAGGCCUGCUGGGCAGACAGGAAAAGUGGUCUUCCUCACUACAAAAGUUCCAGUUUAUGAACAACAAAAGAAAGUCUUCUAUGAAUACUUCAAAAAUGACUACAACAUUGCAGGCAUCUGUGGGGAAAAUGCUUUCUUGACUCCUGCAGACAUAGUUAUUGAUCAGAAUGAUAUUAUUGUCAUGACGCCCCAGACUCUUUUGAACUCUCUGAAUAAUGGGACAAUUCGUUCUCUUUCAAUAUUCACAUUGAUGAUAUUCGAUGAGUGCCACAACACUACGGGGAAUAACCCUUACAAUAUGUUAAUGUCUAAGUAUUUGGACCUUAAACUGAAGCAAGGUGCAUGCUCGUUGCCUCAGAUUGUAGGAUUGACCGCUUCCCCUGGCAUUGGCAAUGCCAAAAACGUAGGUGAGGCCAUAGACUACAUCUGCAAGAUUUGUGCUUCACUCAAUAUUGAAGUGAUCUCAACAGUCAGAAAGAACGUAAAGGACCUAGAAGAAAUUGUUCAUAAACCUGAAAAAAUUAUUAGACUCGUUGGGUCUCGACCACAAAAUCGCUUUGUAGAUAUUGUAUCUCAGAUGAUGUCGAAAGCAGAGGCUCUAGCAAGACAAUUUUAUCCUAUUGAUGACUUGUCUGUGAUGAAGAACCAAUGUUAUGGGACCCAAAAAUAUGAGCAGUGGAUUGUCGACGUGCAGAAAAAAGGUGUGGUGUUACAGUUACCAAAUAAGGAAGACGAGAGCCGAGUCUGCAGAGCUCUUUUUAUUUGCACGGAGCACCUCCGGAAAUACAAUGAUGCCUUAAUCAUUAAUGAAGAUGCCCGAACCAAAGAUGCUUUGGUUUAUCUGAAGGAUUAUUUUGAGGAUAUCAACAAUAGCAACUUUGAUGAUAUUGAACAUCAGCUGGCUUCAAAUUUUGAAGUUAAUUUGCUAGAACUCACUGCUGCUUCCGAGGAUGAAUCGAAUGAAAACCCAAAAUUGGAAGAUAUUACAGAGAUUUUGGGAGAGGCAUAUCAUGUCAACCCUGAGACGCGCACUAUUCUCUUUGUGAAGACAAGAGCACUGCUGGCAGCAUUGAAGAAUUGGAUAGAAGAAACACCUGAACUUACGCAUCUGAAGCCACAGGCACUGAUAGGACGUGGGAAAAGAAACCACUGUACAGGCAUGACCCUCCCAAAUCAGAAAGGAACUUUGGAUGCCUUCAAAACCCAUGGGGACAGCAAGCUGCUAAUAGCAACUUCAGUUGCUGACGAAGGGAUUGAUAUUGCUCAGUGCAACUUGGUCCUGCUAUAUGAAUAUGUAGGCAACGUCAUCAAAAUGAUACAAGUCAGAGGUCGUGGAAGAGCAAAAGAUAGCAAGUGCAUUCUUGUGACGAGCAAGAAAGAACAGGAAGAGAAGGAGAGAUACAAUUUACAAAAAGAGAAAAUGAUGAACAGAGCUAUUGAAGAGGUACAGAGCUGGGAUGAAAAGAUCUUUGCAACGAAGAUAAACGAAUUGCAAAAGAAGCAAAUAAAAAUGCUAGAUUCCAAGAAAAAGCCGACAGAACCAAAACCCUGGAAAAACAAUCGAGUCCUUUUGUGUGGCAAAUGCAAGAACAAGGCCUGCAGCACGGAGGAUCUCCGGGUGAUUGAGGAGUCACACCACACUGUUUUAGGAGAGAAAUUUAAAACACGGUAUACCACAGGACCUCAUAAGAAGGCACACAGCAGCUACGGGAAUUUUGAGAAAAAAGCCAAGAUGUAUUGCCUCAAUUGCCAUCAUGACUGGGGAAUCAUUGUGAAGUACAAGACCUUUGCGGACAUACCCAUCAUUAAAAUCGAGAGCUUUUCCGUGCAGGAUGUUGUUAGCAACAAGCAGUUUUAUUUCCGAAAAUGGAAGGAUGUUGAUUUUGCAAUGAAAGACUUCGAUGUUGAAGAAAUAUCUUAGUGAAGUACGGUCUUUUCAAACUUCUGUUCAUAAUCUUGCAUGAUGUAGUUUAGUGAUGUGUGCGCCAUCCACCCACGUGAGCUCCCCCGCCCCCCGUGCAUGCACACGCAACCCCCCCUCCACACCCCUUUUUGGGCCUAGCAGGCCUCCCUGAAGCCUCCUGGGACCAAAAACGGGGGGCACACAUGGCACCCUCCCUUGCUCCCCCUGCCCCCCCCGAAUGCCUACGCUUACAGGAGUUAUAUCUGCCUUGUAUGCAGCUUUAUUCCUCUCUAGCAUUCAUCUCCAUUGUUCAGUGGUGCAUUUCCUGCCUCUCUAGGAUUUACCUCUAUCUGCUACUGUGAGGCACUUCCUGUUGGAUGUAUAUACAGGUCAACUGGGACAAGGGCCAUGGACCUAGUUAAUUCUAUUUUAAAGUCAAAUUGGUAACUGAGGAACGAUUAACUUUCCACUUACUCCAGUGUAAAUUCAAACUCCAAGGUAGCUGUGACAUCUGUCUGAUUCUUAGUACGCUUCCAUUAAUUCUUGAAAAAAGCUGAUGUUUCCACUGUCUUUUGAUUAUGCAAUCUAAUAAUAAAGAUAUAUAUUUGAAACUUUAAA